UUUGGUUUGCCUUUCUUAUCUAUUAUGGUGGUGGGCUCGUUUGGAUUAGCACAACUUACACAGACAAAGUUUGACCACCGUGAUAGAAAGCAUAAAAUGGUUGCUAAAGAAGAAGCAUUGGGCAUGGACAGGAAUAGAAGAAAAUUAAGUUUACAGGAAGAAUACUUUCGUUUACAAGCAAAGACAGAAGAUGAAUGGGAACAAGUACGUAUCAAUCGACCUCCAGGA